CACUUUCAAGAAAAUAAAACAAAAACACUAGUACCAUUCUAUUCCCUUUUCAUCCCUAUCAUCACUACACCAACACAAACACGUAGACUAUGUAAUACGCUAUGUUCCCUUUUCCUUUUCGUCUCUUUCCUUGAAAACCCUAGAAAUCUCAGGUUUUUAAGGAAAGGGGGAUUUUGAUUCGGUGGAAUUUUAACCUUUUCUCCUUCUUUGUCGGUGGAUUUAUGGGAUUAUAAUUGAUGGGAUUCCGAUUUUUCUAAAAAAAAAAUUUGGUUGUCAGAAGUGUGACCUUUGUUGCUGUUAUGGAGAGAUCCAAUAGCAGAGAUUUCAAAGACUUGACCAGCUCCUCUAGCUCCAUCUCAGAUGGUGCCUUCUUUGAUGCAUCACAAUAUGCAUUUUUUGGGCGAGAUAUAGCAGAGGAUGUUGAAUUGGGUGGUUUAGAGGACAAACAAGACAAUAGUGAUCUGGCUGUUGGAGGUGGAUUAGGUGACGAUGAGAUGCAGGAGUAUCAUUUAUUUGAGAAAGACGAGGGAUCCGUUGUGGGCUCUUUAUCAGACAUAGAUGAUCUAGCAACGACAUUUUCAAAGUUGAACAGAAAUGUCACCGGACCAAGGCAUCCUGGUGUUAUUGGUGACCGUGGAUCAGGCUCUUUUUCAAGGGAAAGUUCAUCUGCAGCUGAAUGGGCGAAAGAAGCAGACUUUCAUGAUUGGUUUGACCAGCAUUUAUCUGACACUGAAUGUUACCAGGAAAGCAAAAAAUGGUCUUCACAGCCACAUAUCUCUGCUGUGCAUCUUGCAGAGUCAAAACCAUUGUAUAGAACAUCCUCAUACCCUGAGCAACCCCCACAACCCCAACAACUUCAGCACUACUCAAGUGAACCCAUUUUACUACCGAAGUCAUCUUAUACUUCUUUUCCUCCUCCGGGUGGUAGAUCUCAACCCUCACCACAUAGCCUUUCGCUACAAAACAUGUCAUCUCUUUCUGCUGGACCUCAGUCUCCCUAUUCUUCUGUGAAUCUCUCUUCUUUGUCGAACUCUAAUAUGCAUUUGACAGGCUUGGCUCACGGGCUCCACUAUGGUAGUGGAAACAUCCCACAAUUGAACCCUUCUGGUCUUUCUCUUAAUCCUAGGUUGCAAAACCAGUGGACCAGCCAUGCGGGACUCAUCCAUGGGGACCAUUCUGGUCUCUUAGAUAGCGUCUUGCAGCAUCAAUUUCCUCAUCAAAACAGCUUACUAUCUCCCCAGUUACUGUCCUCACAGCAGCUGCAACAGCAGAGACUUCAUCUUUCAGUUCAGCCUUCUUUAGCUCAUUUUUCUGCACUAAGAUCCCAAUUGUAUAAUUCCUUCCCUUCACCAUCUCAUCUAGGUAAGUAUGGAUUGGCAGAUUUCAGAGAUUCACGAUCUAAGCCAUCACACAAGGUUAGACAAAAUGUGCGCUUUUCUAAACAAGGCUCUGAUGCUGCUAGCUCCAAAAGUGAAAGUAAUGUGCCACAGUUCCGAUCUAAGUAUAUGACUGGUGAUGAAAUAGAGAGCAUCCUGAAAAUGCAGCAUUCUGCAGCACAUGGCAAUGAUCCAUAUGUAGACGACUACUAUCACCAGGCCCGCCUUGCAAAGAAAGCAGCCGAGUCGAGGUCAAAACAUCGUUUCUGUCCAAAUAAGGAACAGUCUUCUCGGUCGCGUAAUAGUGCAGAAUCACAGCCUCAUCUUCACGUUGAUGCUCAGGGGCGGGUGUCAUUUUCUUCCAUCCGCAGGCCUCGUCCACUUCUUGAAGUUGAUCCACCAGGCUUUGUUUGCAUUGACGGCAGUGCUGACCAGAAGAUAUCUGAGAGACCCUUGGAACAGGAGCCAAUGCUUGCAGCUAGAAUUACAAUAGAAGAUGGUUUCUAUCUUCUCACUGAGGUAGAUGACAUUGACAGGCUCCUUCAGUUUAGUCAGCCCCAAGAUGGUGGUGCUCAGCUCAGGCGGAAGCGACAGAUCCUGCUGGAAGGCAUGGCUGCCUCACUUCAACUAGUUGACCCGCUUGGUAAAAGUGGAAGCUCUGUUGGGCUUACGCCUAAAGAUGACAUUGUAUUUCUAUGGUUGGUGUCUCUUCCCAAGGGCCGAAAGCUCAUCUCAAGGUAUCUUCAGCUUCUUCUACCUGGCGGAGAGCUUGUCAGAAUAGUUUGUAUGGCAAUUUUCCGCCAUUUGAGGUUUUUAUUUGGCGGUCAUCCACCUGAUGUAGGAGCAGCUGAGACCAUCACUGAUCUUGCAAAAGUAGUCUCUAAAUGUGUCACUGGCAUGGACCUCAAUUCACUCAGUGCUUGUCUUGCUGCUGUUGUGUGUUCCUCAGAACAACCACCUCUUCGUCCUCUCGGAAGCCCUGCUGGAGAUGGUGCCUCUAUUAUUCUAAAAUCUGUUCUUGAAAGGGCCACUCAUCUAUUAACUGAUUCUCAGGCUGCUAACAGCUUCAGCAUGCCUAAUCCUGCCCUUUGGCAGGCAUCUUUUGAUGCCUUUUUUGGUUUACUUACAAAGUAUUGUCUGAGUAAGUAUGACAGUAUCAUGCAAUCGAUACUAGCACAAUCUCAACCAGAUGCUGAAAUGAUUGGUUCAGAAGCUGCAAGAGCUGUAAGCAGAGAAAUGCCUGUUGAACUUUUACGUGCUAGUCUUCCACAUACAAAUGACCACCAAAGGAAGCUGUUGUUGAAUUUUGCUCAGCGGUCCAUGCCGGUUACUGGAUUCAAUCCUCAUGGUGGAAGCAGUGGACAUAUAAAUCCCGAAUCUGUUAGCUGUUAGCUGAGAUGGUAAGAUUUCAUAAUAGCAAGUGCAGUUGUACAUCCGUAGUUCUCAAGGUUACUUUCUGGCUUGUCUUUGCCAGAACAUGUUGUUCUGCUUCAGCAUCAGUCCAAGAGAAUAUAGAAGGCUGGAAGCAAGGGUAUGCAUAUAUGUUAGGCGUCGUUUUAAGGCCUAAAGUUCCUCUUCCUCCUAAUCCAACUCUUUCCUUCCGAUUUCUCCCACCAUCUUCUUUCCCUGUUUCUUCUCUUUUUCUCUCUUUUUUCUUUUGCUUCAUUGAAGGGAAAUAUGGGUUUCUUUAUCCUUUGCCUUCUUUGUGAUGGUAGUCUUCUUACAUAACUGUGUAUUAUGUCUGAAAGAAAUGGGGUUAUUGGUCACUCUACUAAGGUUUUUCAUUCAAAGAGCUUUAUUUUUUAUGCUCUUUCUGUAAACUCGGAUAAAAGCUGGAAGGAUAGAAUGUACAGGUGAUUUGUGGAGUUUGACAACUCUUGAUGCACUUGGCCCUCUCCCUCUCUGCAUUCAGGAAGAGGGUAAAAAGGAUUCUUGACCCUGAAGUAAUCUUGCAGGCUCGGAGGAAAAGAGGGUUCAGCUCUGCAGUUUCAGUAGGAGACAUUUGCUAGACUUGAAAACUUUCUAAGUGAAAACUGUAAUAACUAGAUGUUCUUGUGCAUUAACAAUUACUUUUUUUUACAUUUCCCUGAAAUUAUUCACAAAGUUAUUUUGGAACUUGCCUUUAGACCCCUUUAUGGCUUGAUUGUUUCCCGUGCCAGGGAUGUGAAGUUUGGUGCAACUACACCUAUCUCUUCUUCCCUGUCAAGGGCAGGCUGUUGCUCAUUGUGCGUGUCAAGCUUCACAUGUCUGGUUUAAGUAGCUGAUUGCCCGGGCAAUACCUAGUUAUAAGUAAGUUUGCGGGAGAGCUCCAUGUUUCUUCUUUUUCCUUUUAUAAUGGUAGUAUCUAUGCCAGUUUGGGGUCAGUUUGACUACUCACAUCAUAUCAUAUGUACUGAUAACUUUGUCCUCCAAGGCUCAUGUAGAAACAAGAAGUAACUUACCGUUUUUUUUUUCUGUCUU